AGGAGGGAAAGAGCCUUAUCUUGUUUGGUUUGAUUUGGUUUGCAUUUUGUCGCCUUAUGUUUAAGGAGAAAGACGAAGAAUCCAAACAAAAGAAGUGAACUUUCUAAACCCACAAGGCUCUCUCUGGGUUUUGUCGAGGUUGCGUUUUGCUUCAUUUCCCGAUAGCUCUCAGACGUUUUCUCUAGGGCUUUACUGCUUUAAAGCUUUUGCCUUUUUGUGUUGAUACUAUCGAUAUGGAUGGAGCCUCUUCUUCUGAUAGCUUCCCUCUUCUGGAAACAUCAGAUUGGUUCCAGGAGUUGUCUUUAGGUUCAGAUGCAAGUGAAACCCCUAGGAACCAUUAUAAGGGUUCUCUUCAGCAACACUAUGGACAUGUACCUUGUGGUGCAUAUACUGCUCCAUCUUCUCAUGGAAGCGAAAGAAAGCCUAAUCUUAAUGUUGGAAACGUGAUAAAUGGUGGAGACCCGUUUGGUUCAUACCCGUGGGGUUACUAUCCUUCUGGUGGCUACCAGGAUCAGAGUUUUGGUUAUGGCCACAACAACAAUUCAAAUACCUUUUCACAUCUCAUGACGGAUCCACACAAUUCAAGUUUUGACCAGUUUGGAUAUAAUGACCAUUUGUAUUCAAACCAAGGACUGUAUGGACUUUACGGUAACGUAAUCGACUCUGGUCAUGCUUAUGGAACGUUUGGUUAUGACUCUUGGAAGCUCGGGAGAGAUUGGUAUCCUGUUGAUGGCUAUAGAAAGUCCAGAAGCUUCAACUACGGACGUGGCUACAGCGAAGAGAAAGCAGAUAGGCUUAACGAGCUUUGUAGAGGACCAAGAAGCAGUGAAGGUCUCAGCUCUACAACGAAGCAAGACGCUCCAAUGGCAGUAGAUCUCCAUCGCUACAACGGAGAGAGUUUCCCUGAGACAUUCACCAAAGCGAAGUUCUUUGUGAUUAAGUCAUACAGCGAAGACGAUGUUCACAACAGUAUAAAGCAUGGCGUGUGGUCCAGCACACCAACUGGCAACAAGAAGUUGAACGCUGCGUAUUACGAAGCCCAAGAGAGUUGUUGUCCUGUUUAUCUCCUCUUCUCGGUGAAUGCAAGUGGGCAGUUCGUUGGUGUUGCGGAGAUGACAGGUCCUGUUGAUUUCAACAAGACGGUGGAGUAUUGGCAACAAGAUAAAUGGAUUGGUUGCUUCCCUGUGAAGUGGCGUAUCAUCAAAGACGUACCGAACAGUUUCUUGAGGCACGUAACGAUUGCUAAUAACGAGAACAAGCCCGUUACUAACAGCAGAGACACUCAAGAGGUGAGUGUGGAAGAUGGAACCAAAAUCAUAAAGAUAUUCAAGGAGUAUAUGAGCAAGACAUGUAUACUUGAUGACUUCAAGUUUUAUGAGACCAGACAAAAGAUGAUCAGAGAUAAGAAGAUCAAGCAAAAGAAACAGGUCCUUGAUGUAGCUUCUGUAGAAACGAUCCACUGAAAUAGAUGAGAGAAAAGAUGAUGACUUUUUAAUUAAAGAAACUUAGGUUGGAUUGUGUUUGUUAUCUUCAGGCUUUGGAUUCCUAAGAACCUUAAUAUAUUAGCUUCUAUGCUUUUCAAAACUUAUUACAUUGUGUUUUGUUCCUUUUGUAUAAAGGACGCACCAUCUGAUAAACCAACUCAACUCAUGACUUGCUCUUCUCUAGAGUUCAUAUCAGAGCAUUGAUAAGAUUCUUUGUGUUUAUUUAA